AUGUCUCUGAUCUCAGCAUUCCGACCACGCUCCACGCGCAACUCGUCUGCUCGGCACAGAUCCCCCUUAAGGCGGAGGAAGAACAAGAAGCGAGGCGACUCAGAAACAGAUGCACCGGAGGAUGAUGCCCACUCUAUCAUCACUCCCUCCAAGCAUACCCCGAAGCCAUUCCGAGUGCUGCGGGGUUCAGUGGCUGCUGGCGGUCCUCUACGACCUUUCAGGCUGGUGAAACAAGAUAUCAUCAAUAUUCGUCGCCGAUAUAAAUCUGACUGGACUGUUUUCAAUCAACUGAUCUUUGCUAGUGCCGUGUACGUCUUCUUCACGAACCUCUUACCCGGCAUCACGUUCGCGAGUGAUUUGUAUGUCUUGACCGGGAAGAGCUGGGGAACUAUCGAAGUCGUAUUCAGCACAGGACUUUGUGGCGUUAUAUUUUCUCUAUUCUCUAUCCAGCCCUUGACUAUCCUUGGUGUCACCGGACCUUUUUCCGUGCUAGCUGAGAACAUAUACAAGCUCUGCGAUGAAGCGUUCAAGAUACCAUUCUUGCCUUUUAUGGCCUGGUCACUGAUCCAUUCCGCCUGGCUGCAUUACAUAUUAGCCAUCAUCAACGCCCAUGACUGGACAAUGCGCUAUGUGACCACAUUCGCUACAGAAAUAUUUUCUCUUCUGAAUAGCAUCAUCUACUUCCACAAAGCCAUCCAAGAGCUCGAAAGAGCACAUUCGGACCUCUCGCUCGCAGCCUUUCUGUACGCCAUCAUCGGCGCGGUGGGAACAAUGCUCUUUGCUAUUUUCCUCUCCACAGCAGAAAGCUGGCGGCCUCUGUUCCAUCGCUACGUUCGGACCCUUCUGACCGAAUAUGCGGCUGCGAUAUCCAUCAUCCUUUUCAUUGGCCUGCCGUAUGUAGGCGAACUGGCACGGCUAGACAAGAUGACUCUCCCAGUCAGUGAAACCUUCAGACCUACGUCUCCAGAUCGGGAGAGAUUCUUCGUUGAGUUCUGGAAGCUACCGGUCCCAUGGAUCUUCGGGGCUAUAGUCCCGGGAAUCAUCAUCACCAUUCUAUUCUUCUUCGAUCAUGAGGUUAGCUCUAUUAUCUGCACGAUUGAUCGAUACGGAACUCGGAAACCUGGCGGUUUCGCGUGGGAUAUUAUCCUACUAGGCACUACAACUGCUAUUUGUGGGAUUCUGGGUAUACCACCGUCCAAUGGGCUAUUACCGCAGGCUCCUCUACAUUCGGAGUCUCUCAUGCAUGUAAAGCAAGAAACCUCGACGAUUAUUGUAGAUGGCGAGGAGAAGACGCAGACUCGCGAGGUUAAGCGCGUGUACGAGCAGCGCUGGUCCGCAUUUUUGCACGCAGGGGCGAUUUUUGCAUUUGUUAGCCCGCCGUUGAUGAAGGUUCUGGGCUUAACCCCGACGAGUGUACUUGCGGGAUUGUUCAUGUUUAUGGGAGAGCAGAGCUUAUCGGUUAACCCCAUCCUAUACCGCGCAUUCUAUCUCCUCACACCACCAUCCGAACUCCCACCCUUACCCUCAGCUCUAUCAAAGAAAGAAAACAGCGACAUGGAAGACAAUACAACCAUGCGAAAACCCUCCUACAUCCCCAUCCACAUCUACACGAUCUUCCAGAUUGCCAUCACUGUCGCGAUCUUUAUCGUGACGUUGACACAAGCCGCGCCAGCAUUCCCGGUUCUGAUUAUCCUCCUCGUGCCGUUCCGGUUACUUGUUAUGAAGCGCUGGUGGCCAAGGGAGGUUCUUAGGUUUGUUGAUGCGUGGGCUUGUAGGGAAGGGACGCCGGAGGAUGAUGAGGAUGAGCAAGAGAGGAAAAUUAAACCACAUGAGGGAGAUGUGGAUGCUAGGAAUGGGCAAGAUGCUUGGGAUAGUCGAAAUGAGAUGUUCAUUGCUGGAGAGUCGCCUAAGCAUGACAGGUUAUCUCAUGAGAUACGGGCAGCGGGAAGCGAUGAUGCUGGUCACGAUUGGAUCGAACUUGAUGCUUAUCCGCAGGUGGACGAGGAGAUUGGAAGAAAGGGCAGGUAA